UCGCGUUCUUUGGGAAGUUCCGUUGAGGAAGAUGGCGGCGGCCGCAAGCACCCUACUCUUAUUGCCGCCGGGGACUUCAGACUGAGCCUUUCCGGAAAGAGUAGGCACAGCUGGUGCCCUUGCACCUCGAGAGCACUAACUAACCUGGUUCCCACGGCAGUGGUGGGGAAGGGCUUGUGGUGGUGUGUAGCACUCAGGCCCUCCCCACCGUCAGGAUGAAGGCUCAGGGGGAAACUGAGGAGUCAGAAAAGCUAAGUAAGAUGAGCUCUCUCUUGGAACGACUUCAUGCAAAAUUUAACCAAAAUAGGCCUUGGAAUGAAACCUUUAAGCUUGUGCGUCAAGUCAUGGAGAAAAGGGUUGUGAUGAGUUCUGGAGGGCACCAGCAUUUGGUCAGCUGUUUGGAGACAUUGCAGAAAGCUCUCAAAGUUACAUCUCUACCUGCAAUGACUGACCGAUUGGAGUCCAUUGCCAGACAGAAUGGACUGGGCUCUCAUCUCAGUGCCAGUGGCACUGAAUGUUACAUCACGUCAGAUAUGUUCUAUGUGGAAGUGCAGUUAGAUCCUGCAGGACAGCUUUGUGAUGUAAAAGUGGCUCACCAUGGGGAGAAUCCUGUGAGCUGUCCAGAACUUGUACAGCAGCUAAGGGAAAAAAAUUUUGAUGAAUUUUCUAAGCAUCUCAAAGGUCUUGUUAAUCUUUAUAACCUUCCAGGGGACAACAAACUGAAGACUAAAAUGUACUUGGCUCUCCAAUCCUUAGAACAAGAUUUAUCUAAAAUGGCAGUUAUGCAUUGGAAAGCAACCAAUGCUGGUCCCUUAGAGAAAAUUCUUCAUGGAAGUGUUGGCUAUCUCAGUCCAAGAAGUGGAGGUCAUUUAAUGAACUUAAAAUAUUAUGCAUCUCCUUCUGACCUGCUGGAUGAUAAAACUGCAUCUCCCAUUAUUUUACAUGAGAACAAUGUUCCUCGAUCUUUGGGCAUGAAUGCAUCAGUGACAAUUGAAGGAACAUCUGCUAUGUAUAAACUCCCAAUUGCACCGCUGGUCAUAGGGUCACAUCCAGCUGACAACAAAUUGACCCCUUCCUUCUCCUCAAUCACCGGUGCCAACAGUGUUGAUCUUCCUGCCUGUUUCUUCUUGAAAUUUCCCCAGCCAAUCCCAGUAUCUCGAGCAUUUGUUCAGAAACUUCAGAGCUGUACAGGAAUUCCAUUGUUUGAAACGCAACCAACUUAUGUACCCCUCUAUGAACUCAUCACUCAAUUUGAGCUAUCUAAGGAUCCUGACCCUAUACCUCUGAAUCACAACAUGCGGUUUUAUGCUGCUCUUCCAGGUCAGCAGCACUGCUAUUUCCUCAACAAAGAUGCACCUCUUCCAGAUGGUAGAAGUCUUCAGGGAACCCUUGUUAGCAAAAUCACCUUUCAGCACCCAGGCCGUGUUCCUCUUAUCCUAAACCUGAUCAGACAUCAAGUGGCCUAUAACACCCUAAUUGGAAGCUGUGUCAAAAGAACUAUUCUGAAAGAAGAUUCUCCUGGCCUCCUCCAGUUUGAAGUGUGUCCACUCUCAGAGUCCCGUUUCAGUGUAUCUUUUCAGCACCCUGUGAAUGACUCCCUGGUGUGUGUGGUAAUGGAUGUACAAGACUCAACACAUGUGAGCUGUAAACUCUACAAGGGGCUGUCAGAUGCACUCAUCUGCACAGAUGACUUCAUUGCCAAAGUUGUUCAAAGAUGUAUGUCCAUCCCUGUGACGAUGAGGGCUAUUCGGAGGAAAGCUGAAACCAUUCAGGCCGAUACUCCAGCACUGUCCCUCAUUGCAGAGACAGUUGAAGACAUGGUGAAAAAGAACCUGCCCCCGGCUAGCAGCCCAGGGUAUGGCAUGACCACAGGCAACAACCCAAUGAGUGGUACCACUACACCAACCAACACCUUUCCGGGGGGUCCCAUUACCACCUUGUUUAAUAUGAGCAUGAGCAUCAAAGAUCGGCAUGAGUCGGUGGGCCAUGGGGAGGACUUCAGCAAGGUGUCUCAGAACCCAAUUCUUACCAGUUUGUUGCAAAUCACAGGGAACGGGGGGUCUACCAUUGGCUCGAGUCCGACCCCUCCUCAUCACACGCCGCCACCUGUCUCUUCGAUGGCCGGCAACACCAAGAACCACCCGAUGCUCAUGAACCUUCUUAAAGAUAAUCCUGCCCAGGAUUUCUCAACCCUUUAUGGAAGCAGUCCUUUAGAAAGGCAGAACUCUUCCGGCUCACCCCGGAUGGAAAUGAGUUCAGGAAGCAACAAGACGAAGAAGAAGAAGUCAUCAAGAUUACCACCCGACAAACCCAAGCAUCAGACUGAAGAUGACUUUCAAAGGGAGUUAUUCUCAAUGGAUGUAGAUUCACAGAACCCCAUCUUUGAUGUCAACAUGACAGCUGACACACUGGAUACACCACACAUCACUCCAGCUCCAAGCCAAUGUAGCACUCCCCCAACAACUUACCCACAACCAGUACCUCACCCCCAACCCAGUAUUCAAAGAAUGGUUCGACUAUCCAGUUCAGACAGCAUUGGUCCAGAUGUAACUGAUAUCCUUUCAGACAUUGCAGAAGAAGCCUCUAAGCUUCCCAGCACUAGUGAUGAUUGCCCACCCAUUGGUACCCCUGUUCGAGAUUCUUCAAGCUCUGGACAUUCUCAGAGUGCCCUUUUUGACCCUGAUGUCUUUCAAACCAAUAAUAAUGAAAACCCAUACACUGAUCCAGCUGACCUUAUUGCAGAUGCUACUGGUAGCCCUAGCAGUGACUCUCCAACCAACCAUUUUUUUGCUGAUGGAGUAGACUUCAAUCCUGAUUUGUUGAAUAGCCAGAGCCAGAGUGGUUUUGGAGAAGAAUAUUUUGAUGAAAGUAGCCAAAGUGGAGAUAAUGAUGAUUUCAAAGGAUUUGCAUCUCAGACACUGAAUACUUUGGGAGUGCCAGUGCUUGGAGGGGAUAAUGGGGAGACUAAGUUUAAAGGUGGUAGCCAAGCUGAUACAGUCGAUUUCAGUAUUAUAACUGUGGGUGGUAAGGCUUUGGGUCCUGCAGAGCUCAUGGAUCACCACAGUGGUAGCCAGAGUCCUUUAUUAACUAGUGGGGACUUAGGGAAAGAAAAGACUCAAAAGAGAGUAAAGGAAGGCAAUGGCACCAGUAAUCCUGGCCUUUCAGGGUCUGGGCUAGAUAGCAAACCAGGGAAGCGCAGUAGAACCCCUUCUAAUGAUGGCAAAAGCAAAGAUAAGCCUCCAAAACGGAAGAAGGCAGACGCUGAUGGAAAGUCUCCAUCUCACAGUUCCUCUAACCGACCUUUCACCCCGCCUACCAGUACAGGUGGUUCUAAAUCUCCAGGCAGUUCAGGAAGAUCUCAGACUCCCCCAGGUGUUGCCACACCACCCAUUCCCAAAAUCACUAUUCAGAUACCGAAGGGAACAGUGAUGGUGGGCAAGCCCUCCUCUCACAGUCAGUAUACCAGCAGUGGUUCUGUGUCUUCCUCAGGCAGUAAAAGCCACCACAGCCAUUCCUCGUCUUCCUCUUCCUCCUCAUCUGCUUCCAACUCAGGCAAGAUGAAAAGCAGUAAAUCAGAAGGCUUAUCAAGUUCCAAGUUAAGUAGCAGUAUAUAUACUAGCCAAGGGUCCUCUGGAUCUGGCCAGUCCAAAAAUUCAUCCCAGUCUGGGGGGAAGCCAGGUUCCUCUCCCAUUACUAAGCAUGGACUGAGCAGUGGUUCCAGUAGCACCAAAAUGAAGCCUCAAGGGAAGCCAUCAUCACUUAUGAAUCCAUUAAGUAAGCCAAACAUAUCCCCUUCUCACUCAAGACCACCUGGAAGCUCUGAUAAGCUUGCUUCUCCAAUGAAGCCUGUUCCUGGUACUCCCCCAUCCUCUAAAGCAAAGUCUCCUAUCAGUUCAGGUUCUGGUGGUUCUCAUAUGUCUGGAACUAGUUCAAGUGCAGGCAUGAAGUCAUCUUCAGGGCUAGGAUCCUCAGGCUCAUUGUCUCAGAAAACUCCAUCUUCUAACUCUUGCACAACAUCGUCAUCAUCCUUUUCCUCAAGUAGCUCUUCCAUGUCAUCCUCUCAGAACCAGCAUGGGAGUUCCAAAGGGAAGUCUCCCAGCAGGAAUAAGAAGCCAUCCUUAACUGCUGUCAUAGAUAAACUGAAGCAUGGGGUUGUAACCAGUGGCCCUGGUGGUGAAGACCCAAUGGAUGGCCAAAUGGGGGUGAGCACAAAUUCUAGUCAUUCUGUAUCCUCCAAACAUAGUAUGUUGGGAGGAGAGUUCCAGGGCAAGCGUGAGAAAAGUGAUAAAGACAAAUCUAAAGGUUCCACUGCUGGGAGCUCCGUGGAUUCAUCUAAGAAGACCUCCGAGUCAAAAAAUGUGGGGAGCACGGGUGUGGCAAAAAUUAUUAUCAGCAAGCAUGAUGGGGGAUCCCCCAGUAUUAAAGCCAAAGUGACUCUGCAAAAACCUGGGGAGAGCAGUGGAGAAGGGCUCAGGCCUCAGAUGGCUUCUUCCAAAAAUUAUGGUUCUCCACUCAUUAGUGGUUCCACUCCAAAGCAUGAGCGUGGCUCUCCCAGCCAUAGCAAAUCACCAGCAUAUACCCCCCAGAAUCUGGACAGUGAAAGUGAAUCAGGCUCCUCAAUAGCAGAGAAAUCUUAUCAAAACAGCCCCAGUUCAGAUGACGGCAUUCGACCACUUCCAGAAUAUAGCACAGAGAAACAUAAGAAGCACAAAAAAGAAAAGAAGAAAGUAAAAGACAAGGAUCGAGAUCGAGAUAAAGACCGAGACAAGAAAAAAUCUCAUAGCAUCAAGCCAGAGAGUUGGUCAAAAUCACCUAUUUCUUCAGACCAGCCUUUAUCAUUGACAAGUAACACAAUCUUAUCUACUGACAGGCCCUCAAGGCUCAGCCCUGAUUUUAUGAUUGGGGAGGAAGAUGAUGAUCUCAUGGAUGUGGCCCUUAUCGGCAAUUAGGGACCUUUUUUUUUUUUUUUUUUUUUUUUUGCCCCAAACAAAAAUUUAACCAGAGACAAAGUAAGGGAUGAGCCAGACAAGUCUGAUUUUUGUGUUUAAGAAUCUUAAGUGGCAUGUCUUUGACACUGAAGUUAGAAAGGCAUAGCCAGAUCCUAUUAAAGAGUCCACAGGGUUUGAUUAUAGUUACCAAGAAUUGUUUCUUUGCCAGAAAAGAAGACAAAAUACUUGUUUAUAAAAGGGAAGUGGUGGGAGGGUCAUCAUAGGGAAAGGGAAGGGUGGGAAACAAUUUUGAGGGAAAUAUUCAUAUAUAUUUUCUCCCAUUUUCCAUUUUUAGGCCAUGUCUUAAACCCAUUUUAGUGCAUGUAUUUGAAGGGCUGGGCAGAAAAUGAAAAAGCAAUACAUUCCUUGAUGCAUUUGCAUGAAGGCUGUUCACAUUUGUUUGGGUAGCUGUCCAUUUGAGGCAUGGACAAAUGAAGGACUUUAAUUAUUUUGGACACUUACGUAAUGUUUGGUGUCUGUUUCUUAGGAGUGAUUGUGGGAGGGGAGAUAAUUUUAGCUAUUUAUUUGUAAUAUUAUAAUCCUUUAUUGGUUUGUUUUUAUACAGUGUUUCUAAUUCUAUGAGAUUUGGGGUUCAAAAAGAUGGGAAGCAGAAUGAGGUUUAUUUGGAGGCCUGGAGUUUAUAGUUGGUACUUAUGCUGUAGCAUCAAGCCCAAACAAAUUAGUGAGAGUUUACCUUUGUUAUCAAUUAGCAAAACCAAAAUGGCAUUUUUGUCAUAAAAGGUUUUUCAUAUAGUUCAGACAUCAUAGGAAUAUUAUGAAUUAACCUCCUAGUGCUCCUAGUGGAGGUGUUGAUUUAGUUUCUUUUUCUUUUAAGAAAAGCUGAGCUGCCUUUUUUUUGGGGGGGUGUGGGGUUAAGCAAAUGUGUGUUCAGAUGCAGUAAGGUUUAAUGUAGGACAGCCUCCCUGACCCAGUGGCAUUAAAACCAUUACAGAAUUAAUAGUUCUCCUAUUUUCACAAUGUGCCAAAAGUCUACAUCCCAGCAUUUUGUUUGCAGGAGAACUAAUGCCAUUCCUGAGAACUGGGCUUCUUGUUUCUUUAUCACAAGGAGGAGGAGUUCAGACUGUAAUCACUCCACUAUAUGUACCAUUAUAUAAAACAGUAAAUAAUAAUAAUAAUAAUAAAUUGCAGCCAUAGUUCACUUAAAACAAUUUCAAGCUCACUUGAAGUCAUGGGGGCCUGGAAUGCUUGGUGGGCAUGAAGACUAACCCUUGCUACUAUGUAGCAAUACAAUUGGACCUUUUUGGAGGAAUAGGUCUGAAUCUGGAUUCUGGGGGACAUAAACCCUUCUUAUAAAUAUCAAAAUCCAGGAGACUAUUUGAGAGUGCAACACAAGUUCACAGUAUUUGGAGGGUCCUCUCAAAAUUCUGCGGCCUUACUUUGAUUUUGACACCUGCACUGUGCCAUUCCUGAUGCUUCCUUUCAGGAUCUGUAUCAGCAGGACGGGAUGCAGUCCCCCCCACCCUCACUCCCCACAACUCUUCUGGAUUAAAACAAAAAUGAAGCCAGGUGAUUAAUUUGUACAUGUAUCAUAAAUGGAGUGACUUCAACAGAUACUGAAGAUGAUUUCUAUAUUCAGCUCUUCAGAUUGGAAUUAGUUUCAAGUUGGAAAAUUAGCUAUGGCUUUCUUGUCUCUACUUUUCUCUAGUGUUGUCUCUUUUCUGAUCAUCAGCUUUCAACAACUCUGCCGCUUUAUGUCUCACAGUAAUAAGAAGUAGGAAAGGAAACAUUGUAAAGUGGAGUAAGAAAAGUUAUCGGCUACCAUUAUCAGAGUCCAAUGUCUUGGGUGACACUAAGAAGGACAUGGGCAAGGUGAUACCAGAGUGUUUUAUCUUGUGAUGCUGAUACAGUAGCAACCUUUGAGACAUAGAACCAGGUUGGAUUUCUCACCUAGUUUUGAAUCAUAUCUCAUUGGUUUUUGCAGAAAAAAAAAAAAGUAAAUGGUUUUAAAUUUGUUUUGGGUGGGAAAUAUUUUAUGGGGGUUGUACUGCUUAGUAUCAGGGGCUCAGCACCCCCAAGCAAAGCAAACAAAUACCAAAAUGAGUAAACUGGGAAGCUUUUUCUCUCUUUCUGUCUUCAUCCCAGAUCAAAGAAUUCCGAGUUAGGAUCUGGAUGAAGGAUAAGCCCCUGAAUUGUCGAUGGGCACACCCCACACACUGGCCCAGCAUCUGAACUUGAUUAACAGGGAUCCGGGGCUAAACUGCUUCACCCUGCCUGGGAACCAGGGAGCACUACAUUUCUCCACAGGGUGGAGGAGAAGAGGCAGAAUAAGCCAAGCCUGGGACACCUCCCUCCUGUCUAGUUGUACUCAUUCUCCUGUUUUCAAAAAGACGGCAAGGAUGUGAAGUCAACUUCUACCUGUCUUCUGCUGCUGGUGUCCUAUGUAUUCAUAGUUGGACCUGAUUCUUCUGUCUUUUGGCUUCAUGCUAGGGGUUCUUGGUCAAAACCUGCUCUGAUGUACAAGAAGAUUUCAGGUUCAAAAUGUCUUUUAAACAAGUAUUUGGGUUAGGAGGGAAUGGAACAGAACAGACAUAAUUGCCAAAACCAGGCUUGAGGUUGGUAACUCUUGGAAAAAAUUUUCCUUAAGACCUAGGUCUGAAAAUUAAAAGCAGCAAUACUAUGAAUUUUUAGAAACCCUUUCAGGGAUCCAGUGAGUCAUGCAGUAUCUAGUCAAGUCACUUAAAGCCGAUGAUGCCAGUACAGGAAACACAUAAUCCCUGGGGCAAUUUCACUUUCUUAAUGCAUGUAUUUUUUUCUUUCUAUUCUCCUCCUCUAUUUCUACCCUUGAGUUAGUUUUUUGAGGGUUAGGAAGUAUUAAUCAUCUCAGAAACUAGACUGGGAAAUAAAUUCUGAGUUUUAAAAAUGUACAUCAGGAGCAGUUGGGGUCUUUUCUAAAAAAAUCAAAUUUGAUUUUCUGUGCAUAUGGCCGUUCUGUAAAUAAUUUGGGGUUUUUCAUUUUUUUGAAAGUAGACAAUAUCUGUGGGAUUUUCCCCAAAAAAACAUUACAAAAAAAACUUGUUUAUUUACAUGCAAAUAAAUUUCUUUGAUAAAAAG